CCGCGAUGCCGCCGCUGCCGCCUCUGCAGGGCGUCCUCUGGUGCUGCUUGCUGACAGUGGUCUAUGCAGAGCCAACCACUGCGUGCAGAGAAAAUCAGUACCUACUGAACAACCAGUGCUGUGAUUUGUGCCCACCAGGAAAGAAUGUGGUGAAUGAAUGCACUGAAUCCACUGAGACACAAUGCCAGCCAUGCAGCCAAGGAGAAUUCUCAGAUGCCUGGAACCGAGACACCCGCUGUCACCAGCACAGAUACUGUGACUCCAAUCUAGGGCUCCGGAUCCUGAAGGAAGGCACAGCAGAGACAGACACCGUUUGUACCUGCGAGGAGGGUCAACAUUGUAUGGGCCAUGCAUGUGAGAGCUGUGCCCUGCACACCCUGUGUGGCCCUGGCUUUGGCGUCAAGCAGAUUGCUACAGAGAUGGAUGACACGGUGUGUGAACCUUGCCCUGCUGGCUUCUUCUCCAAUGACUCAUCUGCCUCUGAAGUGUGUCGCCCCUGGACAAGCUGUGACGCCAGAGACCUGGUGACGCUGCAGCAAGGAACUAAGCAGUCCGACGUUAUCUGUGGCCCCCCGUCGCGGAGGAGAGCCCUGCUGGCCAUCCCCGUCGUGAUGGGCCUCCUGUGCGCCCUCGCCGUGGCAGCUGUCUGUGUCCGGAAGGCGGUCAGGAAGCCGAAGGCUAAGGCCCUCCACCUUCAGGACGCAUGGAAGGGCCCCGUGGAGAUGGAGGACAUCCCCGGCCACAACCCUGCAGCCCCCGUGCAGGAGACCUUGCUCGGGUGCCAGCCCGUUACCCAGGAGGAUGGCAAAGAGAGCCGCAUCUCAGUGCAGGAGAGGCAGUGAGGCCGGGUCUGCCGGGACGCGGCCUUCCCGCCAGCAUGCAUGGGGCACAGGGCUGGAGAGCCUGGAGUCGCCGCAGGCGGGCACUGGUGGGGCCCUAGCACAGACACAGACCACAGUUCACCUUCUAGAACUUCCAUGCCUGUCCUGGAGCCAUCCAAUCUCACCACUUGCUUUUGAAGGUGGAGGAAAGACUGGGAGGGUGUGUGGGGGGGCACCGGGUAGCACCCAUCAAACCUUCUGACCCAGCCCAGCGGCUCAGUGCUCUGAGAUGGGUCCUGAUGCCACCACAGCACCACGUGUGGGGGGCGGACUGCACCCACUGUCAAGAAGGCAGGCGGCAAGUCCGGAAACUUAAAGCACCACAAUGCACGACUGUAUGCAACAUGGUGUAUCAUGGGCACACCGCUGCAGAGAGAAGGAUAUCUGUGGACAUAGAUGUGAAUACUAUAUAUAGGGUAUAUAUACUAUAUACACUAUAUUAUACAUAUAAAACGUAUAUAAUUUAUGUAGGCAAAACAAGGGCCCUGGAAAGAUGCACUGAAAACUUACAUGUGAGAGCAGUAAUGUCUGGGCCAGGGGAGACCUAGCUUUCCCAUAAUGCUUCAUUAUUUUUUCCAAAGGAGAGUCAAUUGGCAUAAUGCUUAUGUAAUUAAAAAAUCAUCAAACAUGUAAAAGGAAAACCGGGGGUGGACGUGCUGGGUGACAUGAGCCGUUUAAUUUGCUGUCAGCCGCUCAGAAUGAGGGCAUUUUCUGAGAUAAAGAAUGUCCUCCAGCGGCUGCCCCUCGGGGCAGAUCCUAUGUGGGUGCUCACAUUUG